UCAAAAUAGAUUUUUGACAGUUAAUGUGGUUUUGAGGUUAUGAAAUUGUUAACCUCCUGAAAUAAAUAACAAUGCGUUUAACACAGAUUCUUUUGCGCCAGCAUAUUGGAAAACACAUUAAGAAGCACUGGAGAGUACAGGGAAAAAAGAUCCCUAGGGAAUCCAGUGCGUUGCAAAGUCUCAAGGAUAAAAAUAUUCCUAUAUACGAGCCAAAUGAAAUACUGGAGGAAACAAGGACCUUUGAAAAAGUUGAUGUCAUUGGUAUAAUUCCAAAGCAGAUUGCAUUUGACAGCACUCAUCCCAAUUGGCACAGUCGUGUUUGCCACACAUACAAGGAUGAAAAUGUUCUGCUCGAAGGUCUGAACCAAGCCAAAUGCUUAACCAGAACAGUUGAAUUGCAGCAAGGUCUACCUGAUAAAAUAAUAAUUAAGAAUUCAUCUAAAGAGUUAGACAGUAGAGUCAAGAAAAUCAUUUACAACUCACAUCUCUUUGAUUCUGAACAAGUUAAGCUUCCAAAACUAAAAGACCCAGAGAGGCCAGCUUGGAAUUUCCCAAGAUUGUUGGGAAUUUCAGAAAGUAGAAGGAAUGUAUUGAUGGUUGCAAAAUUGUUGCAACUAAUUGAAUCAUUGAGUGGGCCACAACUGACCAAACAGAGAUUCGUUUUGAACGAUUUGCAGUUUGCAUUUCCAUUUGAGAAGUCUGGAGACUUGAUUCAAUUUUUAAUUAAAGGGGAUACUUUGAUUACAAGUGAUAAGCCUCUGCAACCCAUCACACAGGAUGCUGGUCAAGAUGUUCAAUUACCAAAUUUAUAUCCAAUCAAAGACACAGUCACUUUAAAUAUGGAAAAUAUUUAUGAAAUGAAAAAUGUCUAUCCUGUACAGAAAGCAAUUAGCAAACAUCAUCCACACACAGUAUUUAUUCAUUAUAAUGCAACGGAAGUUAAGAAUAUCUAUGAGGAGGAAGUGACUGAUGAUCAGAUUUUAGGAAGAAGUUUAUUGAAAACGUUCACAGUUGCAGCUACCUAUGCUAAAGAACAAUUUGGUGAGGAUGUGAAAGUUUUACCAAAACCUGUGACUAUGCAAGCUGUACAAAGCGAUGGCAAAUUCUUCCAUUUCGGUGUUUUGCAAUUGAAUACUUUGGAUUUAGAUAGCGAGGAUGGACCAAAAAAUAUCUGGUAUCAAACUGACAAGAUGUCAUUGUUCGAAUCGUGUUCCUACGUUUCAGGAAAACCAACACUUGUUGGCUACAACAACGACGUUAUUAAACACUUAUUAGCUUUGUAUGAUAAUGUAUAGAAAUUAUUAUUUUUUUUUUGUUGAAUGAAAUAAAAUUGUUGAUUGAUUAAAUUUUAA